CAGCAUUACCGUUGAGGAGCUGGUCACGGGCAUGGCCAGUAUGGGCUUCCAGGCUACCGCGGUAGGGGAGGCGGUGCGCAUUAUUAACAACAUGCGUGCGUGGCGGGAUCCUGAAACGGGCCAGAGGACAACCAUAUUCCUGGGGUACACAUCCAACCUCAUCUCAUCCGGCCUGCGCGAAACAUUGCGCUAUCUGGUCCAGCACAAGCACGUGUCAGCCAUCGUCACCACGGCAGGCGGCGUCGAGGAAGACUUCAUCAAGUGCCUUGGACACACGUAUCUCGGAGAAUUUUCGACACCUGGCGCCAGCCUGCGUGCCAAGGGCAUGAACCGCAUUGGCAACCUGGUGGUCCCCAACGACAACUACUGCGCGUUUGAGGACUGGGUGGUGCCUAUUCUGCAGAAGAUGCUCGAGGAGCAGGAGGAAAGCAAGAAGACCAACGAACCGCUCCACUGGACGCCGAGCAGGGUAAUCCAUCGGCUGGGCAAGGAGAUCAACGACGAGCGUUCCGUCUACUACUGGGCGUGGAAGAACGACAUUCCCGUCUUCUGCCCGGCAUUGACGGACGGCAGUCUGGGAGACAUGCUGUACUUCCAUACCUUCAAGUCAUCCCCCGGGCAGCUGCGCAUCGACAUCGUCGAGGACAUACGGAGGAUCAACACGAUUGCCGUGCGGGCAAAGCGGUCCGGCAUGAUCAUCCUUGGCGGGGGGAUUGUCAAGCACCACAUCGCCAAUGCGAAUCUGAUGCGCAACGGAGCAGAAAGCGCAGUGUACAUCAACACGGCGCAGGAGUUUGACGGCAGCGACGCAGGGGCACGGCCGGAUGAGGCCGUCAGCUGGGGCAAGAUCCGGACCGACGCAGACAGCGUCAAGGUGUACGCAGAGGCAACGGUUGUGUUCCCCUUGAUUGUGGCAGCCACGUUCGCAAGGGCGCCGGCGCAGGCAGAAGCGUCGGUAUAGGGCGUAGCUGCUGGUAGUCAGGCAUUGCGUGUCGUGUCGGCGGAAGGGUAGUCAAUGAUGACACUGAACGAUUGAGGUUGAGG